GCGGCCGGGUCGGAGCCGGGGGCCGGGGCGGCCGAGGAGUCCGAGCCGCGGCGCCGUCUGGAGAUCGUCUUCGUAUCUUCGGACCAGGACCAGCAGCAGUGGCAGGACUUCGUGCGGGACAUGCCGUGGCUGGCGCUUCCCUACAAGGAGAAGCACCGGAAGCUGAAACUUUGGAACAAAUACCGAAUUUCCAACAUUCCAUCACUCAUUUUCCUAGAUGCCACCACUGGAAAGGUUGUGUGCAGGAACGGCCUCCUGGUGAUCCGAGAUGACCCAGAAGGUCUGGAAUUCCCUUGGGGACCUAAGCCCUUCAGGGAAGUCAUUUCCGGGCCCUUGCUUAGAAAUAACGAGCAGUCGUUGGAGAGCAGCAGUCUGGAGGGGUCUCACGUGGGAGUCUAUUUCUCCGCACACUGGUGCCCCCCCUGCCGAAGCCUCACCAGGGUGCUGGUGGAAUCCUACCGGAAGAUCAAGGAGGCAGGCCAGCAGUUUGAGAUCAUCUUUGUUAGUGCAGACAGAUCAGAGGAGUCGUUCAAACAGUAUUUCAGUGAGAUGCCCUGGCUCGCUGUCCCCUACACCGAUGAAGCCCGGCGGUCACGCCUCAACCGGCUUUAUGGAAUCCAAGGCAUCCCCACGCUCAUUGUGCUGGACCCACAGGGGGAGGUGAUCACGCGGCAGGGGCGGGUGGAGGUGCUCAAUGAUGAGGACUGCAGGGAGUUCCCGUGGCACCCCAAGCCUGUGCUAGAGCUCUCCGACUCCAACGCAGUGCAGCUCAAUGAGGGCCCCUGCCUCGUCCUUUUUGUAGAUUCUGAGGAUGAUGGAGAGUCUGAGGCAGCCAAACAGCUGAUUCAGCCAAUAGCUGAGAAAAUCAUUGCCAACUACAAAGCCAAAGAGGAAGAGGCACCUCUUUUGUUCUUUGUUGCUGGGGAGGAUGACAUGACUGACUCCCUGCGAGAUUACACCAAUCUGCCUGAAGCUGCCCCCUUGCUCACCAUUCUGGACAUGUCAGCCCGGGCCAAGUACGUGAUGGACGUGGAGGAGAUCACCCCUGCCAUUGUGGAGGCCUUUGUGAAUGACUUCCUAGCAGAAAAACUCAAACCAGAGCCCAUCUAGUGGGACUCCGGCCUCUGGAGAUGUUAUUUAAGACAGUCUUCUUCUCCCCUUCCUUUCCUCCACCCUUGGAUUUUUUUCCAGCAUAUCCUGAAUCAAACAAUCCGUGUCCAACCUCUCUGUGGUGCCUUGUUUCUGCAUUUACUCCUCAGCCAGCACCCAAGGGUGUGAGUCCUCACAGCAGCAGCAGCGGCAGCACCCAUCAUGUUUGGAGACUGCUUGGGGCUCGUGGGGAUGGCAUGAUCGGCCACAACUGGGACUGCCACAUUCUCUCCAGGUCACUAGCUCUCCAUGAAAGACCAUAAGUGAGCUGGGACAGCCAAUGGGGCUCUGGCUCUGGCUGUGGGACCAGCAUGCACACCCAGAGGCUGAGACAGCCGAAGGGAACUGCUCAGUGACAUUUACAGAUGCCCAUGGAGCAAAGAAAGUGCUAUGGCCUCAACAGGCAUCAUCUGAGAGCAUCCUUUUGCAAGGAACAUGGCUUGUCAUGGUUGGAUGGGAAACAGCAGCUUGUCAGUGGGUUCUUGGUCAGGGGAGCUUCCCCCGCCCCCAAUCUAAAAGGAAGCAUGUAGGGUGUUAUG